ACCAUAUAAUGGAUUCAGAACAUAGGAAACAUUCAGUGAGUUAUAGUGGCUAGUGGCUCUCAUCAUCGCUGUUAUUUAUACUGUCCUGUGGUUUUCCUUAGCUAGUGGAGGUUUCCAGUGAUGUUCAGUGUUAAGAAGUAGCUGAGAUAGUAGUUUCUGAAUUGCCUGCCAAUGGCAGCUCUACUCUUCCACUGAGAGAAGUGUCCCGUGGGAUUGUUAGGCAUUUUUGAAGGAAGAAAGCAAGCCUGAGACAGCAGUGUGUAAAGACCGUGACAGUCCUGAGUAGCAGUUGUGAGUGGUAUUACUGCUAGAUACCUUCUGCGGAGCAUCUGAAAUAAACUUCUCUAUUGAUUUUUAUUGGCCUAGAGCCAGAAGUACUGAAUACAGUUGAUUUUGGGAUAAAAGGAAAACAGUCCUCGUCAUCAUAAACGUAUGAACCAGUGUGAUGGUGAAAUGAGAUGAGGCUCCGAAAUGGAAUUGUAACCACUGCUUUAGCAUUUAUUACUUCGUUCCUUACCUUAUCUUGGUAUACUACGUGGCAAAAUGGGAAAGAAAAAUUGAUUGCUUACCAACGAGAAUUUCUUGCUUUAAAAGAACGUCUUCGAAUUGCUGAACAUAGAAUCUCACAGAGAUCUUCUGAAUUAAAUAGCAUUGUACAACAGUUUAGGAAUGUAGGAGCAGAAACAAAUGGAAGUAAGGAUACACUAAAUAAGUUUUCAGAUAAUACCUUAAAACUAUUAAAGGAGUUAACAAGCAAAAAAUCUCUUCAAGUGCCAAGUAUUUAUUAUCAUCUGCCUCAUUUAUUGAAAAAUGAAGGAAGUCUUCAACCUGCUGUGCAGAUUGGUAAUGGAAGAACAGGAGUUUCAAUAGUAAUGGGAAUUCCCACAGUGAAGAGAGAAGUUAAAUCUUACCUCAUAGAAACUCUUCAUUCCCUUAUUGAUAAUCUGUAUCCUGAAGAGAAGCUGGACUGUGUUAUAGUAGUCUUCAUAGGAGAGACAGAUAUUGAUUAUGUACAUGGUGUUGUAGCCAAACUGGAGAAAGAAUUUUCUAAAGAAAUCAGUUCUGGCUUGUUAGAAAUAAUAUCACCUCCUGAAAGUUAUUAUCCUGACUUGACAAAUUUAAAGGAGACAUUUGGAGACUCUAAAGAAAGAAUAAGAUGGAGAACAAAGCAAAACCUAGAUUAUUGUUUUCUAAUGAUGUAUGCUCAGGAAAAGGGCAUAUAUUACAUUCAGCUUGAAGAUGAUAUUAUCGUGAAACAAAAUUACUUUAAUACUAUAAAAAACUUUGCACUUCAACUUUCUUCUGAGGAUUGGAUGAUUCUAGAAUUUUCCCAGUUGGGCUUUAUUGGUAAAAUGUUUCAAGCACCAGACCUCACUCUGAUAGUAGAAUUCAUAUUUAUGUUUUAUAAAGAGAAACCCAUUGAUUGGCUCUUGGACCAUAUUCUCUGGGUGAAAGUCUGCAACCCUGAAAAAGAUGCAAAACAUUGUGAUAGACAAAAAGCAAAUCUGCGAAUUCGUUUCAGACCUUCCCUUUUCCAACAUGUUGGUCUGCACUCAUCAUUAUCAGGAAAAAUUCAGAAACUCACGGAUAAAGAUUACAUGAAACCAUUACUUCUCAAAAUCCAUGUAAACCCACCUGCAGAGGUGUCAACUUCCCUGAAGGUUUACCAAGGACACACACUGGAGAAAACUUACAUGGGAGAGGAUUUCUUCUGGGCUAUAACCCCAGUAGCUGGAGACUACAUCUUGUUUAAAUUUGAUAAGCCAGUCAAUGUAGAAAGUUAUUUGUUCCACAGUGGCAACCAAGAACAUCCGGGAGAUAUUCUGCUAAAUACAACUGUGGAAGUUUUGCCUUUUAAGAGUGAAGGUUUGGAAGUAAGCAAAGAAACCAAAGAUAAACGAUUAGAAGAUGGCUAUUUCAGAAUAGGAAAAUUUGAGAAUGGUAUUGCAGAAGGAAUGGUGGAUCCUAGUCUAAAUCCCAUUUCAGCCUUUCGACUUUCAGUUAUUCAGAAUUCUGCUGUUUGGGCCAUCCUUAAUGAGAUUCAUAUUAAAAAAGUCACAAAUUGACCAUCUAUGAAACCAACAUUUUUCUCCAGUGAAUCUGUUAAUUAAAGAUAGUUAAGCAUGUACCCUUUUUUUUUUUUUAACUUGAACACUACCUCUUGUGAAAUCUACUGUAGAUAAGAUGAUUGUCAUUUCCACUUGGAAAGUGAAUCUCCCAUGGAUAAUUGUACUCAAUUGAAAUUGAAACUAUGCUGUCCUCUGAUUUUAACUUGACUCAAACAUUUUACGACAGCCUGUUAAUAUGACUUGUACUAUUUUGGUAUUAUACUAAUACAUAAGAGUUGUACAUAUUGUUACAUUCCUUAAAUUUGAGAAAAACCAAUGUUAAAUACAUUUUAUGAAGGGGGUACUUUUGAAUUUCAUUUAUUUUAAUAUUAUAGACCCUCUUUUAUAGAUUAUCAGGGAUUAUAUAUAUAGAUAUAUAAAUAUACAUAAAAUGUUCUGGAAUUAAUUUAUUAGAAACACCUAAGAAAUACAUAUUUUUGUGCAGUAAAUUUUUGGAUUGAUACUUUUUUUGAAAACCAGUUACCUUGCUUUUUUAAGUUCUUUCUAUAUUUACUUUGGAAAUGCAAACAUUACAAAUCAAUGCCAUUUUUCAAUGCACUGCCAUUUAAGAUUGAUUAUAGAUGGAUUUCUUAACUGAAGUACUUUUAUAAUUGCAACGAUUCUGAACAAAAUAUUUUCAAAGGCAUUUGUCAUUCCUACAAGUCAAGAUUUUAAAGACCAACAUCCUUCUUGAGGGUUAUUUUACUAUACUGUGUAUGGUGUAUGUAUUAGUCAGCUUUUCGUUAUUAUAACGAAAUACUUGACACAGGCUUCUUAUAAAGGAAAUAUAUUUUGGCUCACAGUUUUGGAGGUUCACAGUCCAAGGCUGGGCAGACCCCAUUGGUUUAGUCUCUGGUGAUGGUAUUGUUAUUGGCAAAGUCCCAAGGUGGCACAGGGCAUCACAUGGCAAGAGGGAAUGUACACAUACGUUCUGUAGUUCUCUCAUAAAGCCAUGAGAAUGUAAUCACUGGGGCUUCACCCUGAUGAUCCAAUCACCUCCCAAAGGCCUCUCCUCCAAACGCCAUCACUGGAUUAAGUUUCCACCCUGUAGGACCAUAAGGACUUUGGGACCAAACCUUUAAUAUUUGGGCCUUUGGGGGACACUCAACAUCCAGACUAAUAUCCAAACCGUAACAGUGUAUGGUCACAGAAAAUCAGGGUGAUACAUUUUAACAUGCUGAAUUAUCAUAUACUUGUUAUAUUUCCUGAUAUGUAAAAUGACAAUGUCUUUUGGCCUUUUUAGUCUGUCUUUAAUCUGUGAGUUAGAUGCUUUAUUCUUGUUGAUCAUUUUAUAAAUCUACACAUUUUAUGAGUUCUAAUGGAAUGUUUGCUAAGUAAUGCUAUUGCAAGGGUUGUAAAGUGGCUUCGUUUUAAAGAAAAACAAAAUUGUAAUAUUGGAUUUUAGUGAAAGGUAUUGUAGCAGUUCUGUGUUUUCUUGAAAUGGUUUAUUCUGUCAUGUUAUGAACUGAUAAAUCCCAAGCCCUGCAAUUCCAAACAUUACUGCUACACAUGAAUAUUAGCAGUCCUGGCAAUCGGUGAUGUCUACUAAAGAUAAGUACAUUAAAACAUGAAUUACCAACAUCAGUUCCCAGCCAUUCUACUUUGACAACCCAGAGUUGCAGGUAGAGUACAGAUGUGAGAUGUUGAGCCGCUGAGCUUUCAGAGUAGGCCCUCGCCGAGGGCUUUGGUGGGAUUGGUUCAGCUUCAUCUGGUUGCCCAGUGUGCUGAAUAAGUAGCAUCAGACAGUACCACUCUCUGUGUAGUGUUAUGAAGUGAAAAACAUUGAUACAGUGCAGUUAUUGCCAUCAUUCUACAUUGUAAUAGUAAUUUUUGGUUACUUUUGAUGCCUGGAGUGAUUUUUAUGUCCAGCUGAAGUUGUUCAUUGGAGUUUUUUAGACCUUUUCUUUAACUUAAUUUUCUUGUCAGCUUUCUUUGGCCCGGUGACCACAGGCAAAUUUCAUUUGGAAGCAGAGUAUCUGCGAUCUAUAAAACUUUGGCACCAGCUUAGCAUACUAAGUUCCUGGAGUCCCCUGGGUCCCCGCUUCUUCAGUAGCCAGCUGUGGUUUCAGGAAGAAAGGCCACGCUCCUAAGGUCUGGUGAAGAGAAGAUAGACUGCGACCCCUGAGGCCGUUUGUUAGAGCUGCUUUGAGGUCUUCCUGGCCAGCUUUUUCUGUCUUGCUGCUCAGUCUCCCCUCCCAGGUUUGCUCACCCCCCCCCAUUCCUAAAACUCCUGCCCGUCACCCAGACUCUUGUGCCCUCCUCCCCAUGUCUGUUCCUAGAGCCUGGAAUGUGGCUGGCACGUGGCAGGUGCAGUGGGCAUCUGGGUGAGGAGACCAGCUGUUCUGCCUACCCUCCUCUACCUUUGCUCGCUUCCUUUUCCUCCUGUCCUCACCACACACGUGCAGGUAUCCUCAGCUGUUUAGUUUUGAUUAUUGGGUGCAUCUGUGGGGUGUGUUGCCUCUUUGACCAAACUGCAAGCUCUGGAGGUGAGCCUGGAACUCAGGCUUCUCUGUUCACGUGUGCUGCAGCAGGUGCUCACUGCAUUGGCACCUGCCUCCUCCUUUUUGCCAGGUUCUAUACGAUGAGAAGCAUCCAUACUUUCUUUGCCCAGGCAAGACAUUGUGGUGGUAGCCCUGAAGACUGGUGUUGAGGCAAAAGAUUGGAAGUGAAAAGUACUUGAACUGAAAAGGUAAAUUCCUGACCUUUGACAGGACAUUGAACCACUUUUACCGAAACAGUGAAAGAGAAAAGUGUCAAAUAGUAGAACUAAGUUGAUAGGUAUAUAUAUGGCAUGGCUUGGCAUCUGAUCUAUAUUUCACAUAUACUACUCAGACUUUCUCAAGCUGUGCUGGCCUAGCCACGACAUGCAUGGUAGCUAUUUAAAAAAAUUCAGUUCUGCAGUCACAUGAAUUUCUUAAGUGCUUAGUGGCCACAUGAAGGUAGAGGCUGUCACAUUGGACACCACAGAUCCAGAGUGUUUCCAUUACUGCAGAAAGUUCUGUUGGAGAGUAUUGUGCCAAGAGUGCUAGUGCGGACAUGUUAGAAAUCAGUCAGUGAAUUCUUAUGAUGGACUAAAGGAGAUAAUGUGGCUACAUCAUUAUGUGUGUGGUGGGGUGAGUAUUUUGGGUGAGAAAAGAAAGUUGAGGAUUAGGAUUCUAAGACCCAGGGUAAGUUCCUUACUAUCCUCUCAGGCAGUUUCCACAGCAUGCAUUGCAUCUGUAGUCAAAAAAAGAUAGUGUAAUUGGAAAGCUUUGGAAUAAAUUAAUGCAAAUGAAUUGUUUUAGCCUGUAGGCUACCAGAUGUGUGUGUAUAUUCAACCACUGGAGAUUCUUUGAACAAAGGUAUUAUAUAGUUUCUCUAAUCGGUGGCCGCACCAGUACAUAAUUAUAAGGUGUGAUCGUUUUCAAAACCAUUAGCAAAGUUCUGAAGGCUUUUAAAAAAUCUGAUCUAAGAAUGAGAAAAAUGUCUUCCAGCAGUGCUGUUCCUCAGAGAAAGGGUUGGCUGGGUGAAUACGAUUGAAUACGGUGUGUCUGGAGAUUGUACUAAUAGUGUGUAUUUGUGGUAGGCAGAGUUCUAAAAAUAUCCUCUGAGUGUGGGGGUACCUGUGAAUAUGACCCAAGAUUACAUCCCAUUAUUUACCAAAGGGGGAGUUAUCUGGGGGUGGCUCAUCGGAUCUUGAGCUCUUUGAAAGCAGUUUUCUCAGGCUGGUAGCAGAAGCCAGAGACUCAAAGCACCACGGGGGCUUCAGGGUGAAAUGGGCCGUGUGAGAAGGAAUAUGGGCGGCUUUCAGGAGCUGAGAGUGUUGGCUGAAGGCCCAGGAAAUAGGAACUCAGUCACAGAAAGCGAGUUCAGCCCUCAAGCUCAUUCUCGGGCUUGGAGAUGGAUUCAUCUCCAGAUAGAGAGCCCAGCCUGGCAGACACCUCGAUUCUAGCUCCAUGAAAUCCUGCUUACGCAGAGAGCUCAGCUCAGCCUGCUUGGACUUCUGACUGCAGAACUGUGAGCUAGUCAGCGUUGUUUCAAGCUGAUCCUGUCCUAAUAUGUUACGCAACAAUAGAAAAUGAAUGCAAUAUGUAAAAGAGGCAGUCUUCAUACUUGAUUCCCUAAGGUAUUAAGGUAUAUCGGCUAUUUCUUGGUAAGUUCAUGAAGUCAAGUCUUGGCUACCACAGAAUACCUGAGUUUCAUCUAAGAUCUCUGCCAGAGAUCUCAAACAGUCUUCACUGGAAGUUUGUUGGCAAAAAGUUGCAGCAUUUUAGUGGUGUUUUAUAAAGACAUUGCUAAAAUGAGAUUGUAGGAAUAGAAUCAAAGUAGUGUAUAAGAGGUCUUUUUUCCUGAGUGAGGUAUUAAUUCUUACUGAUUUAGACUGCUUUGACCUUGACAUAAGUGUAUUAAAGAGUGACAGUGAAAUUUUGAGAAAAAAAUACUUAGUCUUUAUGUAGAGAUCAGAUAAUCUAUUCUGGAUGAGGGUCCUUUUUUGUUUUUUUAAACCAAAACCUAGUUUAUUAGCACAGAUCAAGUCCUCUAUGUGCCAACUGAAUUUCUGUACUAUGAGAAUGUUUUCCAAAAUACCUCUAUGCUUUCAAGCCAUUAAUUGCUAGUGAUGUUUAUUUUGGCUUAUCCAUUUAUUCUGUGGGGUUUUUUGUUGUUGUUUUGUUUUUAUUGUACUGCCAUAGCCCUGAUGUAGGACAAGCAGCCUAAGGAAAGGGAAUUAUGCUAAAGCCUGUCAGUGAUCAGAAAUCCGAGUCAUAGCAUACUGUGUUUAGGGAACUUAGAUAUCCAGGCAACUCCAAUCUCUAUAGAAGGAAAAUUUUCCAAACCAUGUAACAGUAUUUAUAGUGUGUAAAAUUUAGUUUGAUAAUUGUGAAUUUUUAAACUGAUAUUAACAGACUCAUGCUAUGAUAAUUAGUAUGUUUACUUCAUUAAUGCAUGUGAACACUGCUAAAAAGACUACUACCAGAGUAUUAUUUUAAAAAGGCAACCAAAUGGAGGAUUUUGUUAUACAUGUCUGUAUCAGUAGCUAUAUCAUAAAUUCUUCCCUUCUUACCCAGAACACUCAUUUCACCAGCUUGGGUACUUACCUAGAAUACUGUUAAAGAACAAACAUGAAAGAGGGCUAGCACCCCAAUGCAUGUGUGGGCUGAGCUGACACUUCGAUAAAGUAAAUGCAGUGCAAAAACACAGUGGUGCUAAAACUGUUCUAAAAUAAGGAUUGUUUGCUGUGGAGAAUAUUUUAAUACCGUGGACAUUAGGGAAUUUUAUGUAUCACUUGCCCCUAGUUUUAUUGUGUUAAUAAGCAAGAUGUCUUAGAUCAAAGGUUUGGUACUGUAGCUUGAUUAGCAUUCCAUUAUUUAUUUGAAAUGCUGUGUUUGCUUCAAUGUGGUGAACACACUUUCUGAAGACCUAUUCUCUGAGCCUUAAAUCGGGUUGACAUCGACAGUACUGUAAGACGCACUGCCAGCAGAUUUGAUACCCUUCAUCUCAGUGUAGAUACAAUGUUUCCAAGAAAGCUUUAGAAAUCAGCUAGGUUUAAAAGUGUGUUUCAUUUGUGGAAUCAAAAACAACACUUCUUUGGAAAGGCUGUCACGGCAUUUGGGGUUUCUGGAGGCAUUCCUUCAAAAGCUGCCUGAGGAAUCUCUUGGCCAGGUUGUACCAGAUGUUUUUCCUUAAAUGUAUUGUACAUAUUUUCCUUGAAAUAUCUUCACUGGUUGAAUGGUUAAUAUUUGUAGUAAUAUUUAGGUACCUGUUGGAUUUUUAAAGGAAGAUUAUUUAUUUUCAAGUUUGCUGCUAUAAUUGAAAACCCAAUAACUGGUCCUGUCGACUGUGCCUUUCAUCACUGUUUCUCUGUGCCACAACCAUUCAUCUGUAUUUGAAAUAAAGAAGUUUUAAAAAUCA